AUGAAAAAUCCGCAAUUAAUUCUUGCGUUGGUUUUAUGACUUGUUUUAGUCACAAUAGCUUACAGACCCCCUACAAUCCAUGAAAUUCAUGCUGACGGAGAUGAACUCAGAGAGCUCCUUAAUAUCAACACAAGAGAUAUCAUAGUAUCAGUAUGGUUCAGGAACGAUAAGCGCAAUGAGGAGCUUAACAACAAAAACCAGCUGGUUAUUACUACGAUCAAAGCUUUGUUAGCAAGAUGCCAUCCAAAGGUGAUUUAUACUCAGGCUGACCUCUCUUCUACAAAUCCUAGAAAGUAUGAGUUUGUCAGACUAGCCAAGGACUGGAAUCUAAAGAUCAAUAAACUUAAAGAUGGCCCAAUGAUCAUGGUAAUGCACAGACAAGACGGAGAGAUUCAUUGGUCAACACCAGACAUUCCUCUCAACAAGUUAGUCGAGAAGGUCCAGAGAGAUCUCCAGAAUCAUGAAAUAGCUAGAUUUGGCACUACAGAGCAUGGAUGAAUGGUAGAUUUGGACUAUGUUCCAUCUGUAAACCGAACUCCUCCAAGACGAUAUGAGCCAUAUGCUAAACGCAGACAAUCUUCUGUUAUUAAUAGUGAACAAGAAAAUGAGUUUAUUGAAGAAGAGCCAUUUGAAACUCCUGAAGAAGAUAUACAUGAACAUGAUGAAAAUAGACAAACUACUUCUUAUGAAUCUUCUGAUGAUAGUUUAGAUAGGGAAAGCGAUAAAGUACAUAUAUCAGAACCGGAAGAAGAGUCAUUUGACUCCUCAGAAGAGCCUAUACCUUCUUCAAAAGACUCUUCCUCAUCUUCAGAAUCUCCAAUCCUUCCUCCAGAUGACGAAGUAGUAGUUGACCAAAAGAUAAGUCUUUGCAAACCACACAAAGCUUUUUGUUUCAAACGCUAUUAACCUUCAA